AAGAAAAAGAAACCGCAGGGAUAAUAUCGUAGUUUUCAAACUCGCCGCGUGGUUACGGGCCUCAUAGCGGUUAUACAAAGUCUUGAGCAGACUCGUGGAAACUAAUCACUGAUUUAAUUUAAAACCUUUAUAAUCUCUUGUUUAUCUAUCCCAUUCUCUGCGUAACAGAACCUGCGUGCUUCUGAAGUUGGGAGAGAAAAAGAGUAAGGGAAGAAUGGGAGAAUGUAGGCCACUUGGUUUCUUGUUGGGGCUACCAUUUGCACUUGUCGCUCUCCUUCUAUCUCUUGUUGGUGCUGUCAUCUGGAUCAUUGGGACGAUACUGAGUUGUUUGUGCCCGUGUUGCUUCUGUUUCGCUGCGUUGGCUAACUUCGCGGUGGAUCUCAUCAAACUUCCUGUCAAAGUCAUCCGUUGGUUCACCCACUCCAUCCCUUGUUAAGACCACACUCCUUCACUUUUCUUUUUAAGUUUUAAAUUUUAAUGCUCUUAAUUUCCUUUUCUUAAUUUUAUUUAUUAAUGUUAAUAUUUCAAAGAUACGGGCUUAGUUUCCGAUUUUUGUUUUGUGUGUUAUGAAAGAAGUUGAUUUAGCAAAGAAGGCAACUGAAAGUACCAACUAACUUUGCGUAGAAUAUGAUCCCAAAGUAAACCCAACGUCGUAACUGGAUUUAAAUAAUUCAAAAAGAAAAAUCGCGCUACAAAGCCUAAAAGCAUGAUGAUGUUUGUUAAGAG